AUGACUUCUCAACUCGCCGCUUUCAAAGUCCCUGUCAUUGACAAUGAACCUAUGAGAAACUACCCUGUUGAUAGUGAGGAGAGAAAAGGACUUCAAGCUGCUGUUGAGCAAAUGCUUAAAUCAGCUCCUUACGAAGUACCAUGUGUUGUCAACGGUAAAGAAAUCAAAACCGGUGAUAUUCAAUCCCAACCUAUGCCUCACGAUCACGCCAAUCCUUUAUGUACCUACCACGCCGCUUCAAGCGAAGUAGUCAACCAAGCUAUUGAAGGAUCUCUCGCCGCUAGACAAGCAUGGGAAGAACUCCCAUGGGCAGACAAGGCUGCUAUCUUCCUCAAAGCAGCUGAUUUAAUCGCUGGUAAAUACAGAUAUGAGCUUAUGGCUGCUACCAUGCUCGGUCAAGGUAAAAACGCUUGGCAAGCUGAGAUUGACGCCGCUGCUGAGCUCUGUGACUUCUUGAGAUUCUCCGUCAAAUACGUAGAAGAACUUUACACCCAACAACCCCCCAGAAACUCCCAAGGUGUUUGGAACCGAGUCGAGUUCCGACCUCUUGAAGGUUUCGUUCUCGCCGUCACCCCCUUCAACUUCACUGCUAUUGGUGGUAACCUCGUCGGUGCUCCCGCUAUCGUCGGAAACGUCGUUGUCUGGAAACCUUCCCCCAUGGCUACCUACUCCAACUACAUUGUCCACAAGAUCUUCCUCGAAGCUGGUUUACCCCCAUCUGUAAUCCAAUUCGUACCCGGAAACCCCCCCGAGGUCGUCAAACAAUGUAUUGACCACAAGGCAUUCGCCGGUCUUCACUUCACUGGAUCUACCCAAAUCUUCCGAAAACUCUGGAAGGACAUUGCUGCCAACCUCGACAUCUACCGAGGAUACCCCCGAAUCGUUGGUGAAACCGGAGGAAAGAACUUCCACCUCUACCAUCCAUCUGCCGAUGUCAAAUCUGGUGUGCACCAAGCUAUCCGAGCAGCAUUCGAAUACUCUGGUCAAAAAUGUUCAGCUCUUUCAAGAUGUUACGUACCUGCCUCUCUUUGGAACAACGGUUUCAAGGAUCUCCUUGCUUCAGAGACCAACAAACUUUCAAUUGGUCCUUGCACCGAGUGGAACCAUUUCACUGGACCCGUCAUUGGUAGACCCGCUUUCGAUAAAAUCUCAGGUAUCAUUGAACAAUCAAAGAAAGAUGGUGGUGAGAUCAUUGCAGGUGGCUCAUGGGAUGAUUCAAAAGGUUUCUUCAUUAAACCAACUGUCAUCGUCACUAAAGAUCCUAAAGCAUUAUCUAUGACAACCGAAAUCUUUGGUCCUGUUUUAACCGUUUACGUAUAUGAAGAUUCAGAAUACGACAACAUGCCUACUCUUAUUGAAAACACCACCGAAUACGCUUUGACCGGAUCAAUCUUCGCUCAAGACAGAGCUGCCUUGGCUUCUGCCGCUCAUAAAUUAAGAAAUGCAGCUGGUAACUUCUACAUCAACGAUAAAUGUACCGGUGCCGUAGUCGGUCAACAACCUUUCGGUGGUGCAAGAGCAUCAGGAACAAACGAUAAAUCAGGUUCAAUUGCUAUCUUCUCACGAUUCGUUUCAAUGAGAUCUAUCAAAGAAAACUUUAUCAACCCCACCGAUCACAUUUACCCUUCCAACUUGGUAUAA